CACCAUCCUCCUCUCUCAUCCCACUUAUUCCACCUUACGCCUGAUGGAGCAUUAAGCCUGAAUGCUGUAGGCAGCAUUGGCCUCAGAUUCAGAGUGAACCAGUUUAGCAGCAGUUCCUCUCCGUGCUCUCUGGGAUUCUUCCAAAAAAACGGGAAAUACUUCGGCUCUUUCUCUGUGGUUUAUUUGUUAUCGUGUGGGAGUGGGGUCAGUGGGACAUUGUUCCCAACCCUUCCCAACGUUCCUGCCUCAUUCUCGAUUGGAUACCUGGGAAAUAAAGAUCUCUUGUGGAUGUUAGCCUCCUCUGAACUGACCCCGGCUAGCUGCUCUUUUGGAUGGAAAUUUUCUGGAUUUUGCUGGUUCAGGAGGGUAGACGUUCCACCGGAUAAGAUGGUACCCCUGCAGAAAAGGGAUCAGUUUGACAACUUGGAGAAGCAUACACAGUGGGGGAUCGAGUAUUUGGAGAAGUACACCAAAUUUGUCAAGGAGAGAUCAGAGAUCGAAACCAACUAUGCAAAACAAAUUAGGAAUUUAUCAAAGAAGUAUCAACCCAAGAAGAACUCGCGAGAAGAGGAAGAGAGCAAAUACACCUUCUGUCGAGCCUUCCUGACGACACUCAACGAGUUAAACGACUACGCAGGUCAACACGAGGUCAUAGCCGAAAACUUGACGUCUCAAAUCCUCAGCGAUUUGUCGCGCUACCUGACAGAGCUCAAGGCCGAGAGAAAAUCGCAUUUCCAUGAAGGGCGAAAGGCACAGCAGCACAUUGAGAGCUCGUGGAAACAGCUGGAAUCAUGUAAACGAAGGUUUGAGAGGGACUGCAAAGAGGCAGACCGAGCACAGCAAUACUUUGAGAAGAUGGAUGCUGACAUCAACGUGACUAAGGCUGACGUGGAAAAGGCACGGCAGCAAGCUCAGAUGAGGCACCAGAUGGCGGCGGACAGUAAGGGCGACUACUCCGCCUACCUGCAAAAGUUCAACCAGGAGCAGAAUGAACAUUACUUCACAGUUAUCCCCAACAUCUUUCAGAAACUUCAAGACAUGGAGGAGAAAAGAAUCGAGAGGUUAGGAGUGUGCAUGAAGACGUUCGCAGACGUGGAUCGCCAAGUGAUACCCAUCGUUGGGAAAUGUUUAGACGGCAUGACGAAAGCAGCAGAGUCCAUCGAGCCCAAGGCUGACUCGAAGCAGGUGGUGGAGUCCUACAAGUCCGGAUUUGAGCCCCCAGGUGAUGUGGAGUUCGAGGACUACGGCCAGGUCAUGAAGAGAACAGCGUCAGAAACCAGCCUAUCCAAAGAGGGAAAGGAGAAAACUGCCAGCAAGAGCAAGGGCAAACUGUGGCCUUUCAUUAAGAACAAGAACAAGCUUAUGUCCCUGUUAACGUCCCCCCACCAGCCCCCACCUGCCCCCCCAGCCACAUCCCCGCCCUCACCCUCUGCUGUUCCCAACGACUCCCAAUCUCCCAAGCAGCAAAAGGAGCCCCUCUCCCACCGCCUCAACGACUUCAUGGCCUCCAAACCCAAAAUGCACUGCCUCCGGAGCCUGAGGCGAGGGAUCACACUCAAUUCCCACGUCCGGAAUCUCAUUGAGGGAUCUGGGCCUGAGGACUUCAGCCACCUGCCACCAGAACAGAGGAGGAAGAAGCUGCAGGCCAAGCUGGAUGAGCUGAACAAAGAUAUCCAGAAAGAAAUGGACCAGAGGGACGCCCUGACUAAAAUGAAAGACGUGUACGUGAAGAACCCUCAGAUGGGAGACCCGGCCAGCGUCGAUCCCCGGCUAUCAGAAAUAAGCCAGACCAUCGAGAAGCUCCAGUCUGAAGUGCAGAAAUUUGAAGGCUGGUUAGCAGAGGUGGAAGAGCGAAUGCCAUCAAAGAGCGACACACAGCGGAGAAGUGGACUCUAUGAGACCCAGAACAGCACAACAGUGAGCAACAACUGUGCACAGGACAGAGAGAGCCCGGAUGGCAGCUACACGGAGGAGCAGAACUCAGAGACUCAGGUGAAAGCCAACAUCGCCCCCAACCCCACGUCCACCACGCCAGAGUUUGACGACGAGUUUGACGACGAGGAGACCCUGCCCACCAUCGGCACCUGCAAAGCCUUGUACCCAUUUGAAGGUCAUAAUGAGGGCACCAUCGCCAUAGCAGAGGGCGAGCUGUUGUACGUCAUAGAAGAAGACAAAGGAGACGGCUGGACACGAGUGCGCAGGAAUGAGGACGAGGAGGGAUAUGUCCCCACAUCCUACGUUGAGGUCUUUUUGGAAACAAAUGCCAAAGGCCAGUGGUAGAGGAAUGCAGGAUUGAGAAUUGUCUGUACUGUGCUCUACGAUUCCUAAAAGUGUGAGAGGCUGGCUGAGGAAUGGCAGGGCAAGCAGCCUCGGAGAAAACACCGACCACGUUCCUCGCGCGCUCACAGAGUCAGAGAGAGAAAGUGAAAGAUGACCCCAAACGAGAACGAGUCGCAUCUCAAUUUGUCAUAAACUAUGAAAACGUUGCGAUUUGAAGCAACGAUAAGAGAAAUCCAUCUAAAUUAAGCGCUCCUAACCUUACUCCAUUCUUAACUCUCAUACAGCAGUCACAAACACAGUAUUCAAUUUGCUUUUUUUGUUGUUUUCAGCAAAGCUAUUGCUUCCUAAUGGAACUAACUCAGCUUGCAAAGCGCUCCAUUUUUGGCAGCAGCUGCUGGCUUCCUCGCUCUGAACGUGCCCCUUUGCCCCCCCCCCACUUCUCUUUGUACAUCAGCGCCCCCCCCAUGCACACACAUGAUCCCUCUGACAUGGCAGUGGGUGUGGUCAGAGACAGGACGGGGACCUGCAGGAGCCAAAAGUCAUGCCGUUGUGUAUGUGUGAGACAUGAACUCCUCAAAGAGAACCAUCCUGGGCUCAUCUGCCUACAUCAGGGGCUUUAAGAAUCACCUGUUCACCACACUCACUAAAAUCCAUUUUUGCAGGGUAAACCAUCUGGAACAAUAAGAAACGAAGGUGCUACUCAUCUAUGUGUUGGCUACAUGAUUCCGUCACGUGUUUGUUUCUUAUCUGGAUGCUUGUAUGUACGUCUUUGUGUCAUCACAUGUUCCCCACAUCCUCACUCAUAUCCUGAACCAGCUGAGAGGAAGAGAUGGAUGAUGCAUCCUUUAAAUUCUUGUCUUGUCACUGGUGUCUGUUCCUCUCUCUGACCACCCCCCCCUCCUCACCUCCACAGUCCUCCCCCCCUUCCUCAGGCAGCUCAGGCUCUGCUUUGGCUCAGGGCAGGGGGGUACCUCCUAGCGUUGCGGUGUGCUGCAUGCUUGCCCUGUCUUCCUCCUCGCCCUCCACUAUGCUAACAACACAGUGGAGGUGUUAUCGGGGGGUGGUGUUUGGUCAGCUUCGUCCAGCCUUUCUGUUCUGUUAACCCUCAUUGCCUGGUCUCACUGUUUGAAUUAACCUGAAUGCUACUGUUUGGGUUCAGUGCCUGUGGUUCUUUUUUUUAUGUCUUAGGAAGCAUGUUGUGUUUUUCACAGCGAGUGAGUGAUCUCCUCCUCCUAGUGUUCCCCAAAUAAAUCUGUAAACUGUCAGAAAAGGAGAAUAGGGACCUGAAAUGUUGUUUUCUGAAUGAUUUCUUUGCAUAGGUAGGUCUUGUGCAUUUGUUUUACUGUUAAAUACACAGUACAGUAUGUAUGUAAAAAUGUUAGUAUUGUAUGUUUUUCAGCAGAGUGUCUAACGCAAGUAUUUGUUAGUUUACAGUUGAUCACCCUGUGGAAACGCCUACACUCAUUUCAAGCAACAGUUUGGCUAAAAUAAAACCUUUUCACCAUUUUCACAUGAGAGCUGUUUUCCUCUAAUGUUGCACUCAAGGCGCUGAUGAUAGAGUUAGCCAAUGCUAGCAGAUUUAGCAUUGGUAUCCAAACAACAUGUUGUUUAUCUCAUAUCGCAGUUACAACGAUGGCUAAUGGUUACGUAGUAGAGGAACAGGAAGAGAAAAAUGCUAAUGUUUUGUUAGCGUGACUUACCCACUUUAUGAAUCAUCAGCUAAGGUUUAUACUUCCUAGGAAUAGAAAGCUAACUAACUGCAGCUGUGACUUAGCUUUUGGUACCGUAUCAGCUGACCUACUCCCUCCCUACCUAACUAGCUAGCUAGCAUAUGAUAUUUGCUUGGAAAAGAAAGCUAACUUGCUGCUUCUGUUACUUAGCUGUUGCUACUUUAUGGGUCUUAGCAGCAUUCAACCACUUCCCUUCGAAAUAACAAGCUAGCAUUUGCUAAAAACAAAACAAAAAAAAAAACAUAUUGCUGCUGAGACUUGGCCUUUGAUAUAUUAUCAGCCAGGGUUAGCAUCCAACUACUUAACCAAAUAGCUAGCUACUCUAUGACCUUUCCAAGGAAAGGAAAGCUAACUUAUUGCUGCUUUUGGUAUCUUAUGAGUCAUCAGCUAAAGUUAGCUUUCAACCACUUCCUACCUAACUAGCCUGCUAGCAUACAUUUGCUAGGAAAAGAAGGAUAACUACAGCUGCUGUUGCGCCCUACGUAAGAAGUGAUAGGCUAGAGUUAAACACCUACUAGCCAACAUUACAGUUUGAUAUUUGUAAGUGAUGCAGAAAGACCCAAAGUCCUGACAGAGUACUACCUAGCAAACUGUAAAUUAAGCUGCUUUGACGUCACGUCUAAAAUUAAAAUAAGGUGUUCAGCUGGAAAGUUAACCCUUGUUAUAUUAUUGUUCUAUAUGAGCUAACAUUAACACUCAUCUAGGUGUCAUUGAGUCAUCUUUCACAUUCACAAGGUGUAAAUUCUUUGCGUUUAGUGCUGUUUUAUAGCUAAAUAUGAUGCUAGCGAUGAAUUAGGCUAUGCUAGCUGCUGCUGAGUCAUCAACUUAACUUAAAAAUGCCCUCAUUUUAUUAUGUAGACUUCCUUUCCCUGAGUGUGACAACAGAGAGAACGGCCACCAUGUGAGUCUGGUGAAAAGAGGAUUUGAUUUUACCUUGUGUUUUUGGGAUGGUCCACUAUUAACUGUCUACUGUAUAUGAGAAUAUACUGUGAUCCACAUUUAACCUGUGAGUCUGUGACUGACCCAGAAUCACCUGUCGUGGGCCUUAACUGGGUUUUCAAAGAGAAGGAAUGACGCUGGUGAAAUGACUAUGAUGUGAUUAUCUCAAAGUUUGGGGGCAGAUUUGAGACUUUUCUAAUAAAAAAAAAAAAAAGAAAUCUGUGCGGAUAGAAAUUAUGUCCCCUCUUCCUGCUCAACGGCACAUAAAGUACGUGAUUUUAACAUUUCUGUUUUAUAUUUGAUGAUGAUGAGUCGACUUUCAGCUUUCUUUGCUUUUUAUUUCUUUGUUUUUAAAGCUGGAAAUCUGUCGUAGCUUAUUCUGCUUGGAUUGCAAAUAUGAGCGACAUCUGUGCGGAUGAAGCCUUGUUAAGUGAUGCAUUUCAUGAACAUGGAGGAUCCAUGAACUCGCCGACAUUUGGACUCUUGAUGGAAGGAAAGAUCACACCCGUGUUGAAUCAAGCUUCAUGUUUGCUUUUUACCACCCAUCGCUCCAUGUGUAAAGAUGUCAGACAAAAUGCUUUCUUUUGUUUAUUUCAGUCAGUAAAACUGAUGAGGCAUAGAGCACCACUUUAACGGCAGCAGUAGACUGCCUGUCCUCUGCAACAACACCACAAAUCUUCAAGUCAAGUCAAUGCCCCAAUUAACCUGCCUGUACAGAGGAAAAUGGCACGUUGGAAUUAGAGAGAGUAUAUAUGAAUAUAUAAAUAAAGUUUUAAAAGGAAAAACAUCUAUUUUAACUAUUGAGAGUCUUACCAUUACUUUAUCUGCUUUGCAAAGUAAGACUUCUUUUCCUUUGUAAAGGUCUACCAAAUGGUGUGUUUUUGCACUUUUUUGUUUGUGUUCCAUUUGGUAGCCCAUGCUUGUGUUUUUGGAGCACUGAAUACUUUGUAUUGUGUUUACUGUGCCAAUUAAAUAUGCCUGAAAGUUAA